AUGGCGAUUCCAAGUCUCAAGGCGCUGGAAGACUGCGCCGACUGGUCCAAGACCGUCGAGCCAUUCUUACCACAACUCUACGAGCUGCCGCAAAAGCUGCUUGACUCUGUGUCGGGUUCGCAGAAUGCACUGGAGCUUUACCAACAGACCAACCCCUUGGUCACGGGUUUCGCUUUCUCCCUAUUCGUGGGCGUCGUCGUCUUGGUGGUGUCCGAAAUAAACCGCAAUUACUCGCAAGUAGACCGCCUGUGGAGUCUGCUGCCGACCGUCUACAAUGCGCACUUCACGGUCUGGUCGCAUUUGAAUGGCCUCCCAAGCCAGAGGCUCGAUCUCAUUACGCUAUGGAGCGUCUUCUGGAGCGCCAGAUUGACUUUCAACUACUGGCGGAAGGGCGGCUAUACUGUUGGGUCUGAGGACUAUAGAUGGGAAAUCGUCCGGGCCCACGUUCAUCCUAUCAUCUUCUUCGUCUUGAACGUUACCUUCAUCUCGUUUAUCCAGAGCGUGCUACUCUUCCUUAUUGCGGCGCCAACUUACGCAGUCCUGCUUGCUUCUCAGCACGAGCAACAGAUCACGACAGCAGAUAUUGCUUUCACCACCAUACAGCUUGCUUUAGUAGUGACUGAAUGGUUCAGUGACCAGCAGCAGUGGGACUACCAAUUGGCCAAGAAGGAAUAUCAGAAGACAGCGAAGUUGCCUCAGGGAUUCAAGCAAGAGGACCUCGAUCGCGGAUUCAUUGCCUCUGGGCUCUGGGCCUACUGCCGACACCCAAACUUCACCGCCGAGCAGACGAUCUGGUUCGUUCUGUAUCAGUGGAGUUGCUACGCUAGCAAGGUCCUAUACAGCUGGACCGGAACUGGAUCCUUCUGCCUGAUUCUUCUGUUCCAGGGUUCGACAUGGCUCACCGAGCUGAUCACAGCAGGAAAGUAUCCGGAGUACAAACAUUACCAACGCCACGUCGGUAUGCAAAUCCCCAGUCUCACGCCAUACAAAACGCCCGACCCAAAGGUGAUUCGCACGAGCGAGUUGGCAAAGAAACAACAGGCGAAGUCGAAGCAAACAUAG